AUGGACACCCUAUUCUCGCUCCCCAUCCUUUCCCUCGUCUUGAUCCCCACCAUGUCCUCUUAUGCGACCAGCCUCAAUUUCAUCUUUUUCUACGUGACAUGGUCGACCCUCGUGCUGUCGCACUCUCCACUUCGCGUCGAGCUAGUCGGUUCAGCCGCUGUACGGCUCACAUUUUUCCUGCUACCGUCGGUCAUAUUCUUCCUGUUCGACGUCCUCACGCCAAGUGCAGCCGUGAUAAUCAAGGCGCAUGGCCAGGCCGGUCUACCUGCCGGUAGGGCGUUCGGUAUGGUUCGCGCGAGAGAUCUCAAGGUCGCAUGCUGGGCGAUUUUCAACGUGGUUCUUGCGACCGUUCUACAAGGUGCAAUUGAGACACUUCUGGUGCAGGUUCUCCAGGUCCGCAGUGCGGUCAAAGUGUCCAUGAAGCUCCCCAUGCCGUGGCAGAUGGGCCAGGGCCUGGUACUUGGUUUACUGAUUCGCGAGGGCUUGACCUACUAUAUUCACCGCUACGGCCUGCAUAACCCGAGAUCGGUGUUUACUAGGUAUCUGAGCCGAUGCCACCAGGCAUGGUACCAUAGUCUGAGGACCCCGUUUCCUCUUACGGCACACUACGACCACCCUUUGGUGUACAUCUUCAUCCGCUUUAUUCCAACUUACUUGCCGGCGCUGCUUCUCCGGUUUCACAUGCUUACCUAUAUCUUCUACCUGACUUUUGUGUCUAUUGAGGAAACGUUUGCGUAUUGCGGAUACACGGUGAUGCCAACCAACUUUUUCAUGGGUGGGAUUGCGCGUCGCACGGAUGAGCAUUUGAUUGGAGAGGGCACAGGCAAUUUUGGACCUUGGGGCAUUUUGGAUUGGGCAUUCGGAUCGAGCACUACGAGUUCCGCUGGAGCUGGAGAGGAUCCCAUGGCGGAUUUGGAUGAGCAGGAGAUUGAGAAGCGGGUUCGGGAGACAAUGGAGGCUUCGAAGAGAAAGAUUCGGGAGGGUACGCUGCGGAGGAAUACACGUCCAACCUAG